AUGCUAAAACUUACCGCAACUAGAACAACCAUGUCUAUUUUAAAAAAUAGCACAAAAACACCUCAAUUAAGAUUGCUAGCUUCUGCUGCCCCAUUUUCCAAAAGAUUUACUUCAACCACCGUCCCAGAAACCCAAAAGGGUAUGAUUUUUUAUGAAAAUGGAGGCAAAUUGCAAUACAAGGAUCUUCCAGUUCCAAUACCAAAGCCAAACGAACUAUUAAUUAAUGUCAAGUACUCUGGUGUUUGUCACACAGAUUUGCACGCUUGGAAGGGGGAUUGGCCAUUGCCAACAAAGUUGCCAUUAGUUGGUGGCCAUGAGGGUGCGGGGGUUGUGGUUGCUAUGGGUAAUAAUGUGAAGAAUUGGAAAAUUGGUGAUUUGGCGGGUAUUAAAUGGUUGAACGGUUCAUGUAUGAGUUGUGAAUAUUGUGAAAAAUCGAACGAAAGUAAUUGUCCUAGUGCUGAUCUAAGUGGAUAUACCCAUGACGGCUCCUUUCAACAAUAUGCCACUGCCGAUGCGGUUCAAGCUGCCAGAAUUCCACAGGGCACCAAUUUAGCUGAAAUUGCACCAAUUUUGUGUGCUGGUGUAACCGUCUAUAAAGCUUUGAAAAGCGCCAAUUUGAAAGCCGGUGACUGGGUGGCCAUUCCUGGAGCUGCUGGUGGUUUGGGUUCUUUGGCUGUGCAAUAUGCAAAAGCUAUGGGAUAUAGAGUUGUAGGUAUCGACGGUGGUGCUGAAAAGGGUAAUUUGGUUAAAAAGUUGGGUGGUGAGACUUACGUUGAUUUCACAAAAGAAAGAGACAUAAUCUCAGCCGUUCAAGAAGCCACUAACGGUGGUGCACACGGUGUCAUCAACGUUUCUGUUUCUGAAGCCGCUAUGACUGCUUCUACCCAUUAUGUCAGACCAACCGGUACUGUUGUUUUAGUUGGUUUACCAGCUGGAGCCGUUAUUAAAUCCGAAGUUUUCUCGCAUGUUGUUAAGUCUAUUAACAUUAAGGGAUCCUAUGUUGGUAACAGAGCUGACACCAGAGAAGCCAUCGAGUUUUUUACUAGGGGUCUAGUAAAGUCUCCAAUUCAUGUCGUUGGAUUGAGUGAAUUGGCCAAAGUUUAUGACUUAAUGGAACACAGUAAGAUAUUGGGCAGAUAUGUGGUCGACACUUCUAAAUGA